AUGAUUCCAUUAAGGAAGGCAUACGCUGAGGUGGAGAAGAUUGUCGGCGAUCAAGGACUGACCGUACUUGUCAAUAACGCUGGUGCCUAUGAGCCGAAUCGAGCUGAUCUUAUCAAGAACUUCAAUAUCAACACGGCCAGCGUCGCUGUACUCACUCAGAUAUUCCUACCUCUUCUGCGCAAAGCUGCUGAGCACGGUUCUUCGGACGAGUUCUCCAUGAAUCGAUCGGCUAUCAUCAACAUUUCAUCCGGUCUUGGAUCGAUCGCUAACAAUACAAUGGGCUCAGGAGAGAAGCAAGUGCUGGCCUACAGUGUUAGCAAGAGUGCACUGAACUCUCUGAUGAAGACGAUGGCGAUCGAUCUUGGAGCUCGCAACAUAUACUUAUUCUGUCCUGGCUGGGUACAGACAGACAUGGGAGGUCCAAACGCCCAUCUUACAAUUGAUCAGUCCGUAGCAGAUCUUCUCAAGUCGUUCUCGAAACUGGACAAAAGUCAUCACGGCGGGUAUUUUAACAAGGAUCUUGAGCCUAUUCCAUACUAA